GUACGCGUCACCUUAGAUGCCGAGCGAGGAAAAGCAAUUGGAAUUAGGUCGAAUUUGACUAAGCGGAACGUCCGCAGCACUACGUGGUGUCCACUUAUGCAUUUCGGUGUGACUCCAGAAGGGCUGUCUUUCAGCUAUAUAAACCGGGCAAUUUCAGUCGACCCCCCAUCGAAUCAUGUCUUCCAACAACAACCUUCAGGUAAAGCUUACUCGCCCUCCCAGCGGUCCCAUCCGCAGGAUUGUCUUCACCGAACUGCCCUCCUGGGCUGAGCUCUCCGCCCGCAUUGAGUCCUUGUACGACAUUCCCCGCGCUGAUAUCGCUGUCUCGUAUGUCGACAACGAGGACGAUGAGAUUACACUCAACUCUGAGGAGGAGCUGCAGGACCUCUACCGCACCCUUCCCGCUCCCGAUGAGAAUAAGGAGCGGUUGAUUCGCUUCAACGUCCAUGAGCUGCGCAGGGGCGAUAAGGAGUCCGAGGAUGGCGACGUCGACCCCACUGUCGCUCUCGCGAACGACGUUGCUACACUCAUCGCGUCUAUCACCGCCGUCGUCAUUUCGCACCCUGAGAUCGUAGACGGCAUGCACAAUGUCAUGCGCAAUGCCGUAAACGGUGCGCAAGGCCCCUCACCCUUCGCCUUCGGUCGCCACCACGGUCAUCACGGCCGUGGCUUUGGUAUGUUUUCGCGCGGAGGUGGUCACCACGGCGGGCGCGGUGGCUUCAUGAACGGGGGCAGAGGACGUGCGUGGGCUCAUCGCAGCCCUCCGGGCCACCGACACCACUCGGCAUCGCCUGGCCCUCAUGCUCAAGGUUCCCCUGCCGGCUCGCCGCCGCACUCACCAGCACCUCGGGAGCGUUCUCUUCCUCCCCCUGGCGAACACCGUCAUGGCGGCCGCGGCGGCCACCACCACUUUCAUCACGAUGCACGCGGCCCAUCUCCCUCAGGCAUCGACCAUGACCACCGCGGCCGCGGUCGGUUCCGUGCUUCCUCGUGGGACCAUUUGAGCGACGAAUUUCCCUUUUCCCACCACCAUCGAGGACAUCGUCACUUCGGCGUCGAUAAGGGAGGAUUUGGAGGGCAUCCGCACGGCCCGCCGCGGUAUCCUGGGAUGUGGGACCCUGAGGCACGCCUGCACGGCUUACCGCCGCACGCCUUCGGUCACGGUCACCGUUCGCGCGGGGGAUGGGGCUUGUGGGGUGACGUUUUCGGUGAUCUUGAGAAAGGAUACGAUUCUGAGUUCUGAUCGUCAUAACCUUCACAAAUAUGAGAUAACAUCCCUGGAUGUUAGUGUAAGAGAUGGGUUUGAGAUGUUAUAGCUAGGUAGAGAAAAACGUAUCGCACAUCGGUGUAUAGGAAAAUUAGGUCUAUACUCGUUCAUAUACAUUGGCCUGUGCCUUCAAAAAUUAUAAAUUGCGCAUGCCGC